ACGCCCUCCAGCUCUGGUCAAGCAUCCACGGAUGCAGGCGUGCCUGUCUACUGUUGACACAACCAAAUUCACUCCUCAGACUCGGUCACUACCUCAAGCGCACCCAAAGCGAUUCCUAUCUGGCGCUCAAGGCCGUCCACGAACAACAAUCCAGCCUGGUACGCUGUUGAGCAACUCACUCGCCAGAAAUCCCUUGCGAUGCCACGUCCCGCUCGUCGGGCAGCGCCCAAACGCGCCGCCGCCGCCGCAGCAGCAGCGCCCGUACCGGCCGCCCAGCCGGCCACUGGGAUUGAGACCCAGCCUUCCGCGCCUAGCAGCGACAUCUAUAAUGUCAGUGAUCGCGAAAAGGAGGCGGCAAGCCAGAGGCGCAGGUCGGCGCGGAUAUCGUCCGCACCCACCACAGCACACCUCCCCCAGACCAGAGCCCUCAAGGACUCGCGAAGACGCCGAGACUCAGCCAUGGACCGCCUUGAGAACAUGACCUCGACCGACAGCAUUACCAUGAUCGAAGCCGCCGUCGCUCUCGACAUAUCCGACGAGUCUCUUGAGAUCAGCCGGCGCGAGGAGGCCGCGACGCCCCUUCAGGGCAGGCUUGCCGAUCUCUCGGGCCUCGACCUGGACGAUAGCAUGUUCAACGACCUCAACACUACCUUCAAUACUGUUGCCCCUCCCAGCGCGGGCCCUGCCAGUGGAAGCAGGCUCAAAGACUCAUCCACCAUUACCGCCAGCCACUUCAAGCGGAGGCCGCGAGCGGGCAGCUUCCUCAGUCGCGAUGAUGGGCCCAUUCGGCCGAGUAGCAGAGCCGGCCCCAACACUCCGGGCCUCAGCUCUACUUUCAACAUCGGCAACUUCAGACGCCGUGCACGAGAGCCCAGUAUCCUCGGCACAGCACAGAAACCCCGUGCGCGGCAGGCGUCGCGUGACAUUGAGUCCGACCUCGACCAAGGCCUCGGAGACGACGACGAAGACUCGGAACCGGAGGCGGAGUCGACGCCAUUCAAGCAGACCAAGAGGCAGUCAGGCCAAAAUAUUGCGAACGAGGGAUCGCCCGAGCCCAAGCAGUCUCGUAAGAGAAAGUCCACGGAAGGACAUGUACCGCGUCCACGAUCCUCACCCUCAAUCACACGAGAUCAGACUGCCGACCACUCAGACUCGGAGCUUGACGGCGAGCAACCAUCGCUGCCACCCAUGCCGCGGACAGGCCGGGCUAGGCAGGGUACACCAGACCGGCCAAGCACACCUGGUGUGCCUUCUACACCUGUCAUGGACGAGAAGCUCAUGGCUCCACCACUAAGCACUGACUCCUCGGAAGGAGAAGACAACGCUUGGCCUCCUGUUCAGGCCCUAGCCAAAGGUCGCACAAGACGACGUGCACUCAGAAGGACUCCCACACGAGAUGACAGCCUUUCUGACAUGUCCUCCCCCCCUUCCUUGACGCAUUCGCCCAACUAUGCCGAGGGUUCUUCGCCCGUCCCCACGAGACAGCAGUCUGGGCGGAUAGCGAAGCGCAAGGCACCGCCAACCGCUGCGCGGCAAGAAACACGCAUGCCGACCACGGCCGCACUCACAGGCCUCCUUCCUCGGCGGCGUCAGCGGCACGCCAGAGCAGCGGACUCUGACGACGAGCACGUGGAUAUCUCUGGACUUGGUGACGACGAUGACGAGCUUACCCACCUCGACGUUCGCACUCGCCGACGUCCUGCACGAGGAGCAGCUGCGCGGAACCAACUCAGUGCUGCCACAGCGUCAAAUAAGGGCAACGCCGGCAGCAAGCAGAACAGCACCACAGUUGCGACUCGCAAGUCCACGAGGACAUAUGGACGGUUGUCCGACAAGGAGAACGAUGGGGAGGAGAAUGAAGUCGCCGCGGACGGAGAAGAGCCAGGCGAGGGCGAGGACGCGGACGCGGCAGAAGAGGUUGCCGUCAGCGAGGACAGCCAGAUGAUGGUUGAGAGGAUGGGCGAGGAACUCAAGCAGGCAGCCCGCAAGUUCGAAGAGGUGGACAAGUGGUCGCUCGAGUUCGAGGAGGUAGUACCAACCAGCUCUCCUCGGGGCGCGAGGUGAUUACACAACUUUCAAACCCCCAAGAAUUCCCGGGGGUGGGUUAGCUCAUAGGGUCAGAGACAAGAGACCGAAGCAAAGUGCUUUGAAUAGGAGGGAGCGGGGUUAUUGCAGACGGCACAUCAUCGGAGGCCAAGUGAGGGCCUGCUUGUCGAUGAAAUCGUUAUGAGCACUUUUUUUCACAGGUCGCCAUGCUUGACCUUUGUCCAAUGACAAGUCUUGUUGCAUUCCGGGAAAUCUCUUUUUCUCCAGCCUAGCAUAUUCAAAUGAAUGACUUUACGCAUCGAUGUUUUGCGAUAUUCUUGAAU